GCUGCGCGGAGGGAGAAGGAUCGAUCCGCUACUGGGAGGCUAGAGCGAACGGACUAGGGCACAGGGAGGGCGAAGGGUUUUUCUGCGUAGGGAUUGAUUGAUUGAUUGAUUGAUUGAUUAUAUUGUACGGCGCUUCUUUGCACUCCGAAUUCUCCGCCGUGGCUUCGGUGGAGUUGCUGUGCGCGACUCCCUGGUUAUGCUAAAUUAGGGAGCUGCAGUCUAUGGAGUAAGCCCGUCAAACUCGGGAUAUACUCCCGGAAAGGUGAAUACUAGGAUUAAAACAGUAGCGGUACAAAAGGAGAAAUGGAGGAAAAAAGGGUUGCAGUUUGUUGAGGCUCGAUCGUCUAACAGAAGAAAUCCCGGAUUUGACAGUUUACUCUUUUGUUGCAGCGAAACCAAAGACAGAAUUUUUAUGGGGAAUUCUAUCUGUAUAGAUGAUAUCACUGUUCAAGUACUUGGAACUUGUCAACCCUGAAUACCAGAGGACCUUACUAGGAAAAGAAUCUCUGUUUAAAGGCACUAGAAGAAAGUGCAGAUGGAGCAAGAUUGGUGAUCAGAUUCAGUCAAGGCGGAGAACACAAGAUCCCUAUCAUUUACACAUGCUUAUGGGAAAACAGCUUUAAAUUUUACUGAAUGCAGGACUGUCCACAAAUUUGCAGAGACAAAAGAACAGCAAAGAAUACCUUAUUUUUUUCCCCAGUUGAUGGAGAACACUAAAAUGAGUAAGAACAUUAUUGGAUGCUUCCAGAAUCUAUCCUGUGAAUUCUGUCAACGGGCUGAUGACUGUCCUGAAAAAUAUGGGGAAAAAAGGACCUAUGAAGACUGUAAUCUCACUGUUCAUUAUUACUGUGUGUUAAUGUCAAGUGGGAUUUGGCAGAGAGGUGAAGAUGAAGAAGGCUUUUAUGGUUUUUUACCUGAAGAUAUCCAAAAAGAAAUUAAUCGAGCUGCAAGACUGAAAUGUGCUAUCUGUAAGAAAAAAGGUGCAUCAAUCGGUUGUAUAACAUCCAGAUGCAAACGAAGCUACCACUUUCCUUGUGGAAUUGAGAGAGGAUGCCUUUUCCAAUUCAGAGAAACUUUUCCGUCAUAUUGUUGGAAACACCGACCCACUCAAAAACGUCUUUUUAAUUGUAAAGGAUCAUCACAAUGUAUAAUAUGUUUGGAGUUGAUUGAACAAGCACCUACAUACAACAUUUUGACAAGUCCAUGCUGUAAAAAUGCUUGGUUUCAUAGAGAAUGCUUGCAGCGUCAAGCUCUGAGUGCAGGGGUAUAUUUCUUUAGAUGUCCUGUAUGUAAUAAUAAAGAAAAAUUUCAGAAUGAAAUGUUAAGAAUGGGGAUCCAUAUUCCAGAAAAAGAUGCCUCCUGGGAACUAGAACAGAACGCCUAUCAAGAACUUCUUCAACGUUACCAACAUUGUGAUAUUAAAAGAUGCCUUUGCAAAAAUGGAAGAGACUACAAUGAGCCUGAUAGCAAAUGGGAAAUAAAGCGGUGUCAAUAUUGUGGUUCUAGUGGAACUCAUUUGGCAUGUUCCUCACUAAUAAGCUUGGAGCUAAAUUGGGAAUGCAUUGAAUGUAGGACCAUCCUUGCCAAAUCAAAUGGAAGUGCUCAGAAAUGGCGAAAGCGUUCUUUGAGUAUGCCAGAAAAAGCAGAUGGAGACAAUCUGAUGGAAGAUCCAUCACCCAAAUGCCCUAGACAGUCUCCAGGAUCCCACCUUGGCAUCCAUAUCAGGUCCCCAAAGAUGGUGUGCUCCAAUGGUUUUACUCCGUGUUCACAACUUGAUCUUCCCUCUUCUAAUAACAGAUUUUUAUCCCCAUCUGCCUUCAUCAGUCCUUCAGUAAGGAAUUUGUCUUUUAAAAAAAUGCAACUUGGAAUGCAGAAAAGAGAAGUCUCCAAAAUUCUGAGAGAAUUAAGAUUACAGAUUAAUACCAAACCAACAAGAUUGAAUAUCAUCAGACAAAAUAUCUGGGAGAGUGCUCUCAAAGGAUUUCAGAAGCGGAACUUCAAUCCUUUCAAUACUAUUGAAGUAAAGUAUGUGAAUUGCAGGAAUAAAAUAGAGGUGGAUCUCUGUUGCUCAUCAAAGGAAGAUUUUUUUCAAUUGCUGAUGCUUCAUCUUCAGAAUUCAUCAUUAUUUGAAGGGGGCCACUCAAAGAAUUUGUCCUUUGAUUCUCAAGCUCUUAAAGAUGAUUUAUACUAUGAAGCAGGAAAAAUGAUUGCAGUUUCUCUGGUUCAUGGAGGCUCAUCUCCUAGCUUCUUUUCUAAAACCUUGUUUCACUGCCUCGUCUAUGGCACAGAAAAUGUGAAGCCAACAGUCGAAGAUGUUGCUGAUAUAGGCGUUUUGCAGGCAUUAGAAAAGAUAAAAUCUGCCACAACACUGAGCAGUUUAGAAUCGGCAAUAAGUGAUUGCUCUGACUAUCUUGCUUCUAUUGGAUGUUUGAAACCUGUAACAGCACUACAUGAUAAGAAUAUAUUGGUGAAUGAGAUUCUGAAUCACCAUGUCAUCAAAAGAACUCUUUUACCAUUUGAAAGCUUUAGACAAGGUUUGAAAACACUUGGUGUUUUGGAAAAAAUACAAAUGAAUCCUGAUGCAUUCUGUAGCAUAUUAUGUCACAAACCCGAGAAACUUUCAGCAAAACUUCUUGGUGAUCUCUUUACAAUUCAAUGUUCAGGAGCAGACAAGGGCAGAUGCCUUGAUUUCUGGAUGGGUUAUUUACAGGAGACGGAAGGUGGUGAGUCAUCUGUAACUCUAGAGGAUAUCUUAGUAUUUGCAACUGGCAUCCGCAGUAUUCCACCCAUUGGCUUUGAACCUGACCCUUCAGUUAUGUUUCUGCAUAUAAAAUAUCCCAUCGGAAAGAGAGACCUUAACUGUUUACAGCUUCCAAUAACAAAAUCUUAUGAGAAUUUUAAAAAAGUUCUGGAUAUUGCCAUCCGACAUGCCCUAUUACAGUCAAGAGUAUGUUAGUCGCUACCAUGAAUACUGAAAACUGAAUGAUGAAGCACAUAAGAAGCUUGCCUACUGGAAAACAGACAUAUUCAUCCUCACAGGUUUAAAAUUUGAUCAUGGAAAUGCAUAAUUUCAGUCUUUACAUUUUGAACAGUGUUUCAAAAUGAUGAGCAAACAAAGCUUUUAAAUCAAUUUUGCAUUCUAUUUGUUUUGGGUUUUGGUUUUUUUUGGCCAAACCAGAAAGUAACUGGUUGUUUGAGAUUGUGCUGUACCCUCCAUUUUAUAUCAUAAAUGUUACACAUCAAAACUUCUGCAAAUACAUUCAGGAAGCCUUUCCAAAUUGUAAUAUAUCAACUUUUAUACAUUGUGUUUUUGUGUAAAGAUUUUGAGGUUUGGAUUUAUUUAUGUGGAUUCCUGAUUCAGGAAAUGUUAAUUUCACACACAAACUAUUCUAGCUAUUAAUUACAAACAUGGGAAAAACCCUAAAGAUUACCUCAUGUUAUCUUCUCUUAAAUGUUUGUAAUGCCUUGAACAUUUUGGGAUUAUGCCCAAAUAACUCUUUCCGUUCUGUAAUCAUUCUAUUUUUUUAAAUAGUUUUGAAUAUAAAAGGAUUUUUAAAAAUUGCAUUGUAGGAAUUCUAUAUUCAGAAAAGCUAUAAUUGGUGUCAGAUGUGUUUGUUAACUCAGUUUUAUUAUUUCAGUUAGAGAUGGUGAUGUUUGGACAUAGAAGUGCUUUUUCCUUGAAAUAACAGUUCCACCCUUGCCAGAGGAUUUCUAACAUUAUUCCGGCUAUAUUGGGAGAGGUCUAAACUGUUUUAGACUAAAGCAGCUAUUUCAAAGCUGGAAUAGGAUGUUUCACUCUGAAACUAUCUUCUAUAAGACUAUGCAUACUAUAGAAAACGUAUGUAGAUGUUUUAAGAAUUAUUCUCACAUUUAUGCAAAUUGAAGCAAAUAUCAUUUGAUUUAAAUGAGACUUUUAGAAGAAGGCUGAGAUGAGUUAGCUUUAUAUAUGUCCCAGAAAUGCCAAAGUUAGAAAUGCCAUUCCCUACUCGGUACUUAACUAGAAAGAUUAUGUAUUUGAUUUCAUUUUUCUAAAAUCUAUUAUGUUCGAUGCAUUAUAGAUACACCAUGUAGAGUAUUAAAUUUUAUGAAAUAGGUGAUGGAAUAAUUUAUGCACACACACAACAUUUUCACACACGUAUGGAUACACCAACCCCUUUAAAUGGCUUUAAUUCAAAUUGAUAUGACAUUGCUUUUACUAAGAGGAGAAAAAAGCAAAUUUAUGUUCUCCCCUGGGCCACAUUUCCCUGUUGGUUUUGUUGGGUUGUGAUGAGCUGAGCUGAAAGAUUAAUCACAGUAGUUUAUCAUUUAAAAGUAAUUUCUGUCGUCACUUAUUAAAUUGCACAAUAAAAACUUCUGGAGCUUAUUCAUGCUAUUCUAAAUUGUUUGAAUUUCAAUUGAAAAUUAAUUCUGUGGGUGAAAAGUAUAUAGUGUACACUAUUCUGAAAUGUUCAGCAAAAUAUACGUAUCAGAAUAUAGUGAAAAGGUUACUUCAUUAAUAGAGUUUCAUCCUUGGCAAGCAUGUAUAUUAGUGAUUUGAAAUAAAGCUUACAGUAAGUAUUGGAUAUCUAUUUCAACCACUUGAAUUUGUCUGUAGAGGAAGCACUCAAGGCAUGAUAGAAUUAAUAUUUCAGCGGAAUGGAUGGAAUGUUUCUACUCCCAGAGUUUCUAACCACAAAUUUCAAUUUCUUAUAUUAAAGAAUUAAUGUGUUUGAAAGGGAACAUUUAUUUCCUGGCUUUCAGAAAUCUACUUGUAUUUAGGUCUGAAGAUUCCUCUUCAGUCCUCUUCUAUAAACAAGCAGUUUGGUGGGCCUUAUUUUCAAUGUGAUAACUCCUCAAUGUGAAUUAGUUAAAUUCUGGCUACCCAACCAGACAAAGCUUGUGGAUCUAUGACAGAAACUAUAUUACAAGUUUACUGGUUUACAAGUAGUCCUCAGCUUAUGACAAUAAUUGGGGCUGGAAUUUCCAUUGCUACGCAAUGUGGCUCUAAAGCACAACUGCAUUGCUUAGCAAAGGUAAUUCCUGUUGUUAUUAAAUGAAUUCCACAAUUGUUAGAUGAGGUAACUUCUUGACAGCUUCCCACAACCAAAGGGAAAAUGCAAGUCCCAAGCUGGCAGGGAGGUAAGUAGCUGCUGCCAGGUGGGAAAGGGUCCAUGAGAGGUGCUGCACGAGGUCAGGGGUGUGGGGUGAUGCAAUGACUUACUCCAACAACUUGCAAUCUGGUAGGCAGAGGCAGAAUUUUUUUUCUCUCCAAAAACUAAUGUAUGUAUAUGUAUACAGUACUUCUUUUUCCUUCCAUUCAGUCAUGUUGGAUUCUCAGAGGACAAAUCCCUGCAGGGUUCCCCCCGCCCCCACAGGAAGAUUUUCAGUAUCUUCCAUUGCCUAUUUCCUAGGGCUGAGAAAAAGUGACUGGCCCACCGUUACCAGCCCAAGGCAGGACUAGAACUCAUAGUCUUAUAUAUGGUGUUGCCUAGAAGGUGUUUCAUGUUAAUAUAUGGUUAUUUACAUUUUCAUUUGAAAAUUUGAGACUUAUCUUGGCAUUUUUGCAGAAAUUUGACAAAUUUAGUUUAAAUACUACUUUGGUGUUUAUUGAUUUCCACUGAGGUUUUGAUCGUAUGCUGGAAUUAAUUAGAAUAUUUUAAUUUAGUUUUUCAGUGGAAUAAAUGGAAGAGUUACAAAAUUCUAUUUGAUAUUUAAGCAGUUUGUGUGACAAUUGAACAGGGGAAACUUUCUGGGGGGGGUGACUAGAUAUUUCUUGUAUACUGCUUAGAAAAAUUGCUUAUUAACAAUUCAAAAACAUUUUCAGAAGUAAAUGUUGGUAAUUCUCACAUUUCAUACCUUUAUAGAUGUUUUACAGGAUAUACAGAUAGCUAUAGACAAAAAGAUUUCAGUGAACUUUAUACUUUUGUUGUUUUGUCACAUACAAAUAGCCUUUUGGUGUGAGUGAAUAAGAUAUGGUUAUAUCUGUAGUUUUUAAAGGCCUUUCAAUGUGACUGAGAAAUUAUAGGUUUUUGAAUAACAAAUCACCAUGCCUUUACUAGAAGAUGUUUUUAAUAUGCUUUUCAGUAUUCAUUUGCUUUACAGGAAGAUAUAUUUGAGAAAUAUCUUACAAACGUACAGAAUUGAUAGUUUUGCUCCUGGUCAUGCUUUUUCUAUAUAAGGAUCAUAUUUUGCCUAAUUUCUGAUUGGUUCUAGUGGAAACAAGGUAGUAAUAUAAAUCAGAACUAUUAACAAUGCUAACAUAUGGAUGGGUAUGGUGAUGAAAAAGCCAUUUUUGCUCCAAAAUUUCAUAUUGGGUAAAGACAACUAGAAUUAGCUACUGAAUGUUCCAUUUCAUCGAAGUUUAUUACUGUUUCAGUCACAAAUUAUUUUACAGUGAAAUUGGUGCAAUAUUAUCCUAUUUCUUUGUGACAGUCAUACUCUAUAAAUAUAUAAAUAUUGAGAUUCCCUUUGUUGCCCAGAGUCAAUGGUGCUUAAGUGUCAUGAUUGAUAUUGGAUGUUUUUCUUCUUAUCCAUUCUUUACUCUUACCAUGUGAUUCUAGCAAAAAUUUAUAGCAGUUUAUGGGGAUGGACUGUAAGGAAAUAAGAUAUGCCUUAAUCAUCUCUCAAUGUAAUUUAUCUGUACAGAGUAUCACACAUUCUUCCAAUUAUGAUUAUAGUACUUGAAUUUGAACUUUGCUAGACUGUAUAAUACUGUAUCUACUGAUUACAAUAGAGAAGUAAGAAACACUGUAAAUUAAUAGAAUUUAUAUAUGUGUGUCAGUCCAGGGCAACAGUAUUCCUUUUGAGCUCAGGUACUUGAAAUAAGAUUCAUGAAUUCACUAUUGUUUCUUCUAACAAGUAUCUAUUGAGAAAAAUACAUGUGAAAAAGGAAAUGCAUACUAUUGAAAGAUGAAACUUAGCAUUAAGAAAACAAAGUGGAAUAUUAACCUUGUCUGCAGUUAAUAAAAUUUAAAUUAUGGUUUGUGUAAAACUAUUAUUUCAAGAAACCUUUUGCAACUUUCAAUGUUUGUUGUACUUUGCUUUGAAGUUACUUGUAGCAAUAUAUGGAAGAACUGUCUUGUAUGUGUGUAUAUAUAUAUAUAUCCAUGUAAAGUGCAAUAAA